GACGCUGACAGACCCGGAGGCGGGAUCAACUCCAUUUUCUCUAAAAGUUUUCAUCAAAUCACUGGAGUCGAGUUCAGCCUGUCCGCCUGUGCACCUGUCGUCUACAACUCCGUGGAGCUCAUGGUUUAUUCUUCCAAGCAAGGGAACACGAUUUAACAAAAAAAUGCGUUAGGUAGGCCUGCACGUAUUUUUUCAUAUUCAUAAACAAUUCAUAUUUAACGUAAGACCUUUACUUUAAUAAUCAUGAAGAAGGGAACGUUGCAUUUUUUGGGUCGAAAGAAGCAAUCCCUUUUCGACACCAACAACCCUGUUAAGAUCCAGACGAUGGAGAACGGCCUUUCACAGAACAUGGAUCUGAUGUCGGAUUCGUCGGCCAUCCCCGACACGGGCACGGCCAAAGUACGCCCCCGACCCACUGUCAAACACCACACCUCCUCGUCUGAAAGUGUUUAUGGGGUUGCGGUUCCGACCCCGACGGUCCCUAUCUUCUCUACGUUCAACGGACUUAAGGAAGGGGAUCGACUGUCCAUUGGAUCGGCUACAUCUUUGAACGAUCCUAUUGAGGGGAACAUUUUCGUUCCCCCUCCGCCUUCUGUGGCGCCCCCACCCCCACCCACACAGUUUAUCCUCCCUCCACCUGAUUUCAUGGGGGAACUAGACAGCCCUAACAGGGCAAUGAUUCAGCGGCCUAGUAUGCCUCCUCCAAAACCCCCUUCAGAGCCACCAGCAUUGCAGGAUCUCACCUUGCUAAGACCCCCACCUAUGACUCUUCCAAAACCUCCUUCAGAGCCACCAGCAUUGCAGGACCUCACCUUGCUAAGACCCCCACCUAUGACUCUUCCAAAACCUCCUUCAGAGCCACCAGCAUUGCAGGACCUCACCUUGCUAAGACCCCCACCUAUGACUCCUCCAAAACCUCCUUCAGAGCCACCAGCAUUGCAGGACCUCACCUUGCUAAGACCCCCCCCCAUGACUCCUCCGAAGCCUCCGUCAACUUACUCCAGUGCCUCCACCCCGAUUUCCACACCACCACCAGGCGUGGUUCCAGAGCUCCCCGAUUGCCCAAGAUUUGCACCACCCAAACCCCCUUCUGAAAAGCCAAAGAAACCAGGGAAGGCACCGCCCCCAAAGCCCACUCGGUUGUCCUCGAUCGCUGGGGCCGACGCGUUCGUCGAGCCAUACCCUCCUGCUGCCUCCCACCAGAUGAACACCCCCUCCAGUUUCAAUCCCCAGAAUAAUGCUAAACUUUACAAUGCUCCCAAAACCUCCAUUGUCAGUGGGCAGGGGGACUUUGACCCAAGACCAAAGCCGAUCUUGCUCUUACAACCCUCUAGUCCCGAUGCUGUCCAGGUAGAUGGAAAAGCCUCACCUACUCCCCCAUCCACACCAAGCCGUGGUGCUGGCCCUGCUGAAACCCAGCUGGACAGAGAACCCAAGAUGAACCCUCAAGCUAACAUCACAGCAAAGACGGCACAGUCGCAACCUAAGCCUGAGGCUAAACCUGUUAUUUCAAGCCUACAGGAAAAGGACCUUGCCCCAUCUCUUCCUCCAGUAUCAACAAAGUCGAGUAAAGAACUUUCAACUCAAGAUCUCUUCAAAGUCAGUCACAAGGGCAAUUACAGCCCCCUAAUAGAUCGCAAACUGCGGAACUUAAAGGGACCUGAAACAAGUGGGUCCUCAACUUCUCCCUUCGCCCUGUUGCAAGCAGCAAAGGAAAGGGAGAAACACAGAUCACCCAAGACUAGUUUUAAGCACAGACACUCUUCUCCAAACUCCUUUGUUGUCACACCAAGGUCAAACUCAAUUUCCACAACGACCCAUGAGAAUGGACUAGAAGAGGACUCACGGUCAACUUACAGUGCUGCAGGGCCCAUGUCAACAGCACAAACCCAACCGCUCCACCUCGCCCCUCCAUCGGCCCGGAGUCCAGCUGCACCCAGCACUCCAGCUUUCGGUGGGUCGUCAACAGCGGGGACAUCCCCGUCGUUGGGCAGACUAGCCUCUGAGAAGCAAGAGGUCAAGCAAGCCAGCCCGUCACUCGACUACAGAAAGAGUGAGGCCAAUCCGCCAGAAACACCCAUGACAUUGCUCCCUCCGCCACCAGAGUUUUCCAACUUUAAUUUCAAUGACAUUAUGGAUUUACCUCCGGACUUUCCUCCACCUGAUCCUCCGAAAAAGAAGGCACCAGUAUCAAUAAUAAAACCUGUUUAUGCUGCUCCGGCUCCUCCACCCAAACCAGCUUCACCUGCUCCUUCCCAGGCUCCAACCCCGGCGCCUCCUCCCAAACCUAAAUCCGCAGCACCCGCUCUGUCCCCGCCUCCGCCUCCGGCUCCAGCUCCGGUCCCAGAUGUGAAACCACUGGUGUACCAGACCUUGCCUCGGCUGCCCGUCCAGAAGCCGCUGCCCGAUGUCUCAGAGAGCCAGGCCACACUCUUAAGCAUUUUGCAGAAGAAGAUGAAGGAGAUGGACAGCAAAAUUAGCCCAAAGAGAGAGAUGGAGUCCAGCAACGACGAAUGGGGUUCCCCCAUGUCUGACGAGGACACAAUGAUCCCGUUUACUCCCAGAACCACGCCACAGAAUAACAAGAACUAUAUGCUUCCUACUAAAAACGCCAGCCUGGACAUGCGGGAGUUGGAAACUAAAGUGGCCAAAAAACAACAGGACAACGCCUCAGCCUCCAGCGAGACAAAGUCAAAGCAACAUGGUAUGACGAUCACAGUGCGUCCUGGAACCAAACAACCCAUUACCGUUGUGAGUAAAGGGGAGCCUGCACAAGCUCUAUAAAUAUGCAACAUAUUCUUUAAAGACAAAAAGCAAUGUGUGGACCAAAUUUGACUGGCAUCAGUGGCCACUGGUUGUUGCAUUUUUAUCAGUACCAAAGUUCAUUACUGCCUUGUUACCACAAACUUUAUUUUGCUUUUGGUUGAUGUUAUUUAAACACGGUCUUGAUUGAAAAUGUUGAUAUGUUCCAUAGUAUUUAUCAAUAUGGAAUGCUGCAUAAUGGAUAAGUACUGCUAUAUUCUUUCAGGCUUCAAAGGUCAAUGCAGUUGUUACAUAAUUAGAUUGUAAAUCAUUAAUGUUGUGUAACAAAUGAAUUAUUAUUUAGUCCACGGGACUUUAUAACCAAUUUUCUAGAUGAGGGACAGGAUUGAUUCAUUUAAUGAUAAGAUAUCAUUGUUAUGAUAUGAUGUGCAAAAGUUAUACGUUCUACAGUAGUAAAAUAAGCUCUUGUUUUUUAUCUACCAAUGUUUUCAAAUGUACAUCAAAUUGAUGUUUAUGUUUGUGUAAUGAAGAAAUCAGAAAAGCUUCUGAUUGUUUGUGUUGCACGUGCCAAUAUUGAGAGCGGAUAUACAAGAGUAGUAUAUCUAUUUGAAUGCUUAUUGUAGCAGUAACUGUCUGAACUGUAAAUAUAUAUAUUGAAAGAAUGGACCAAAUACUAACCAACAUAACAAAGUCUGUAAAUUAAACUUAAAAUUAAAACCUUUAAAUUGUCAACCAGAUUGCUCAUUGCAACCUUAGAAGUGCUAAUUAAGGUAGUAAGCCUGAGACAUUAUUCUCUUUGGGUUACUUUCUCAUCUGGUAACUUUGCAUACAUUAUGUAGAGGCAACUGUGUUACACCAUAACACUCCAGUCUAUGGGAACUGGGUUAAAUCCUGUAGGCAUCCUUGAGCAAAUGCCCGACCCAAUCUUCUCACAUUCUCUCCAAUAUUUCAGUUGCUUCUCAAUUUCUCCUCAAAUAUGCAAUUUCAUUAUUUUUGUAUAAAUUUUUUUUAUUGGAACAACCAGUUGGGAACUACCAAUUAGUAUUGUAUCACAUAUGAGCUGUUAAUACCAAGCCAUCAUAGUAUACUAUAGUACCAAGUAAGUGGUCUAAAUCUUUGUACAACAGAGGAUUAACAGUAAUGAAAACAUUGCUUUAUGGGAUUAUAUGCAACCUUGCGAUGACCCUAACUGCCCGCUUGCGCUCCAUAGCAAUGGACAUCAACUCGGCUGAACCAGUAAGGGUUAAAGGAAACAGCCUGCCUUCUAAAAGUCAAGUGUUUGCUGCUUUAAUUCAUUCAAGUCAUGUCCUGCCAGUGUAUUGUUGAUUUAAACUUCCACUUCAAAGGAGAACCCUGCUGGCUUCACUGUAAAAGCCCCAUUCAGCUCAGUUCUAAUGAGCAGAGGGCAGGAGUGUUGCAACGUCGCUUAGUCAGCAGGUUCCAGGUAACCAUAUCAGCCAGUUAAGCAUGCA